UUGCAGAGGCGAAGCGAAGCUUAGCGCGGGCGGAGCGGCGGCCCAGGAUGAGCGAGGUUAGGCAGCGGCUGGCCCGGGAGCCGGCGGGGCAGCACGACGCCGAGGGGAAGGAGUCGGAGCUGGAAAACAAGCUUGAUGGAGGAGAAACUGCAUCGGAUAGCGAGAAUAAAUCGGAGGCCGCCCCUCCCUCUUCAGCCGACGAUACCCCUGAGGUCCUCAACAGAGCGCUGUCCCACCUGUCCUCAAGAUGGAAGAACUGGUGGGUGAGGGGCAUCCUGACAUUGGCCAUGAUUGUCUUCUUCUUCAUCAUCAUCUACUUGGGGCCCAUGGUGUUGAUGAUGAUUGUCAUGUGUGUCCAGAUCAAAUGCUUCCACGAGAUCAUCACCAUCGGUUACAAUGUGUACCAUUCCUAUGAGCUGCCCUGGUUCAGGACACUGAGUUGGUACUUCCUGCUCUGUGUCAACUAUUUCUUCUAUGGCGAGACGGUGACGGAUUAUUUUUUCACUCUGGUCCAGAGGGAGGAGCCCUUGCGCAUUCUGAGCAAAUAUCACCGCUUCAUUUCCUUCACCCUCUAUUUAACAGGUUUUUGCAUGUUCGUGUUGAGCCUGGUGAAAAAGCAUUAUCGCCUUCAGUUCUACAUGUUUGGCUGGACCCAUGUGACUUUGCUAAUAAUUGUUACCCAGUCGCACCUCAUCAUUCACAACCUGUUUGAAGGAAUGAUCUGGUUUAUCGUCCCCAUUUCCUGUGUCAUCUGCAAUGACAUCAUGGCGUACAUGUUUGGAUUCUUCUUUGGACGCACCCCGCUGAUUAAGUUGUCCCCAAAGAAAACCUGGGAAGGAUUCAUUGGAGGAUUCUUUGCCACUGUUGUGUUUGGCCUUUUACUAUCGUACCUGAUGUCCGGAUACAGAUGUUUCACGUGCCCAGUCGAAUUCAACAACGACACCAACAGCUUCACUGUGGAUUGUGAGCCUUCGGAGCUUUUCCAGCUGCAAGAAUAUAACAUCCCACUGGUGCUCCAGUCCGUGAUCGGCUGGAAGAUGGUGAGGAUGUAUCCCUUCCAGAUCCACAGCAUUGCCCUCUCCACUUUUGCAUCCCUGAUUGGACCUUUUGGAGGUUUCUUCGCCAGUGGUUUCAAAAGAGCCUUCAAGAUCAAGGAUUUUGCCAACACCAUUCCUGGGCACGGGGGCAUCAUGGAUCGAUUCGACUGCCAGUACUUGAUGGCCACUUUUGUCAACGUGUAUAUCGCCAGCUUUAUCAGGGGCCCCAAUCCGAGCAAGCUCAUCCAGCAGCUCCUGACCCUGCGGCCCGAUCAGCAGCUGAACAUCUUCAACACGCUCAAGGCUCACCUAGCCGACAGGGGGGUGCUCCCCACUUCCGAGGACGCGUAGCAGCUGGGCGGUCGGACUGUGACUGAACAGCCCCCCCCCUCCUCCUCCCCCCUC